CAGCAGUACAGAGAGAUGAAGAAAGGCACUACAUAUGCUGAGGCUCUUGAAAAAGUUACCAAAUGUGGUGAGGCAGAGGAAAUGAGGAAGAAGGAAGGGGAAGGCUCCCCUCGAGUAGCACGUGUAACAGAAGACUCAAUGGUGGCAGCAAUUAGUCUGCCGGGAAGCUUCUUCCAGGCAGAAGAAGAAGAAGAAGAAGAAGAAGAAGACCGUGCCUUGUUAGACAACAGUUACAAGAUGAGUGGUGCCAACAUGGACACGCGCACACUCUGCCUCUUUGAUGUUGACGGAACUCUUACAGCCGCAAGACAGCUUGUGACCCCUGACAUGAAGAAGUUCCUUGACAACCUAAAGACUCGGGUUCGAGUUGGAGUGGUAGGAGGGUCAGACCUCAGCAAGAUCAAGGAGCAGCUUGGAGAUGAUGUGAUCCAGAGAGUGGACUAUGUGUUUGCUGAGAAUGGCCUUGUGGCCUAUGGAAAUGGGCAGUUACUUUCUAUCCAGUCCAUACAGGCCCACAUGGGAGAAGAGCUACUGCAAGAUUUUAUCAACUUCUCUCUCAAUUACAUGGCCAAGAUCAAACUGCCUAAGAAGAGGGGGACAUUUAUUGAAUUUCGUAACGGCAUGUUGAACGUCUCCCCGAUUGGACGCAGCUGUACGCAGGAAGAGAGGAAAGAAUUCUAUGAGCUUGACCAGACAGAGAAAAUCAGAGAGAAGUUUGUGUCCGUAUUAAAAGAGGAGUUCAAAGGAAAAGGGCUCUCGUUUUCAAUUGGGGGGCAGAUCAGCUUUGAUGUGUUUCCUGAUGGCUGGGAUAAGAGGUACUGUCUCGGGAUUGUUGAGAAAGACAACUACUCAACCAUUCACUUCUUUGGAGACAAGACCAAACCUGGAGGAAAUGACUACGAGAUCUACGCUGACCCUCGGACCAUUGGCCAUGAAGUCUCGUGUCCAGAGGAAACACGACAGCUUUGUCAGAAGCUUUUCUUUAUAUGAGAGAGAAGUGAUAGGACAGAUUUUAUGAUAUUUUUUCUGUUGGAUAGAAAUAUUUUUAGUUUAAUAGUCGAUUGUAGCUUGGAUUUGUCAUCCUGUGUACUUCUUGCUAAUAUUAUCUGACUCUGAAUCUGAUUUUAUCCAAAACCCGACUCCCAUGUGACCCACUGUGACCCACUGUGACUUAUUGGGAUUGUGUUGUAGUGGUUAACAGAACAGUAAACCUUUUCUUUAUUGUUAUGGAAAUGACACCAGUUAGGGGUUGACUGACUGAGACUACACUUUAGAGAAGAAAAAAAAGGAAUAAAAGCAUCAUUGGGCUGUUUUAUCAGAGUAGACAGCAGUGGAUGAAUCCAACAACAGGAUACACAUUUUGCAAGACAUAUAAAUAAGAUUAUGUAUAAUGUUCAGUAAUUUAUGGAUAAUAUAUUAUGGCACCUUACUUAAGAAUUCUGCAAAUGUAUCUGAAAAGCAAUAAUGUUUGCAUCAUAUGUUAUGACGUUUCCACCUGGUAAAUAACUUGUAAAAAGAUGAUGCUGUAAAAGAUGUGAACUUUAUGAAAAUGAAAUAAAGACAGACUUACAAUG